GAGAGCACCAGAAGUGGUUAUAAACGAGGAGUCUCACACAAAAAGUCAAGACUUCUCAUUUUCAGUAAAUAUAUUGUUUUGCUAGAAAUAGCGGUCACAAUUUUGCAACAUGGCACUAUGAACGUUAUCUUACCAGUAUCUUCUACUUCUGGUUCUUAGUCUCUUCCCUGUCACAUUUACAAAAAAACAGCUACUUUAUUCUCCACACUUCCUGCUAAAUUUUGUAAAAUGUACUCUGUCAUCAUUUAAGCUCACCACAUUUCAGGUUGUGUACUUGUGAGUACUUUCUUUGCUUUGAGAAGCAGAAAUGGAAAACCAAAGGAGAUCACUUGAUGUCUUUGAACCGGCAUUGACUCAUAGUAGUAGUAGAAAUGAGGGUAUUGAUGUGCAAGAACUUCAGAUGAAAGGGGCAGAAUCUGGAAGUAGGACAGGAACGGACAAGCUAAUGAACAAGUGGAUGGCCUUUGACCUCAAAGGAAAUGACCAGAAGAAAGGAGAAAAUAAAGGGAAUGCAGAAAGUCAGAUCCCAAGUGAAACCAGCAUAUCAGAGAGGGCUGCAGAGUGGGGAUUGACUGUGAGGACAGAUGUUGGAGAAGGUAGCUUUCAUGCAAUUAGCAGAGGUGGACAAAAUUCAUUUGCAGAUGGAGAAAGAAGCAAGAAUUCAUUGGAGAGGAAUUCAGUUGGAUCAACAAGGACAUCCGAGGAGUCCUCUCUUGGAGCUGAAUUUCCUAGAGUGUCUCAGGAUCUGAGGGAUGCCUUAGCGACACUGCAACAGACAUUUGUCGUAUCUGAUGCCACAAAACCAGAUUGCCCUAUUGUUUAUGCCAGCAGUGGCUUCUUUACUAUGACUGGUUAUUCUUCAAAAGAGAUUGUUGGAAGGAAUUGUCGCUUCCUACAGGGGAAAGAUACAGACAAGAAAGAAGUAGCAAAAAUCCGAGAAGCUGUGAAAACAGGGAAAAGCUACUGUGGAAGGCUCUUGAACUACAAGAAGAAUGGCACCCCUUUUUGGAACCUGUUAACUGUCACCCCCAUAAAAGAUGACAAUGGAAAUACAAUCAAGUUUAUAGGAAUGCAGGUCGAAGUCAGCAAAUACACAGAAGGCGUUAAUGAGAAAGCAUUGCGACCAAAUGGAAUGCCCAAGUCUUUAAUCAGAUAUGAUGCUCGUCAGAAGGAAAAGGCUUUAGGUUCCAUUACAGAAGUGGUACAAACCGUGAAAGGUCCACGCCCUCAAAUAAAGUCUAGUCAGGAUACUAGUUCCGGAACUGAUAAAGAGAAGCUACAAUUAGAGUUUAUGCUUCCUAAAUCUGCUGAAUCUGAAAGCAUGAGUACACCUGGACGAUAUACACCUCAGUGGGAUGCAAGGAGUGAUGUGUCUCAGGAAUCUGGUAAAAAGUCUAGAAAAUCUGCACGGGUUUCCUUAAAGGGGUUUAAAGGAAGGUCCUCAAGCAUUUCUUUUCCGCCAGAAGAUGAACAGAAUGUUGGGCCUGAGAUACUAAUGAUGGAAGAAGUAGCACGUACUGACAGUUGGGAACGUGCUGAAAGAGAAAGGGACAUACGUCAAGGAAUUGACCUCGCAACAACUUUGGAGCGUAUUGAAAAGAAUUUUGUGAUUACAGAUCCCAGACUUCCUGAUAAUCCAAUUAUAUUUGCUUCAGAUAGCUUUCUUGAACUGACGGAGUUCACACGUGAAGAGAUCUUAGGAAGAAACUGCCGAUUUCUUCAGGGACCUGAAACAGAUCAAGCAACAGUUCAAAUGAUACGAGAUUCCAUUAAAGAACAAAAAGAAAUUACUGUGCAAUUAAUUAAUUAUACAAAGAGCGGGAAGAAGUUCUGGAAUUUAUUUCACUUGCAACCUAUGCGUGAUCAGAAGGGAGAACUACAAUAUUUCAUUGGCGUUCAGUUAGAUGGAAGUGAUCAUCUGGAACCACUAAGAAACCGCCUUUCAGAACAAACUGAACAACAAAGUGCUAAGUUGGUCAAAGCCACUGCAACAAAUGUAAAUGAAGCAGUUCGAGAACUUCCUGAUGCCAACUCGAGACCUGAAGACUUGUGGGCUUUGCAUUCUCUACCUGUCUAUCCACGUCCUCAUAUGAGACACAGUGCUUUAUGGACCGCAAUACAUAAGGUCACUGCAAAUGGUGAAAGAUUAGGGCUCAAUAACUUUAAACCAGUCCGACCUUUGGGUUGUGGAGAUACUGGAAGUGUCCAUUUGGUGGAACUGAAAGGUACAGGAGAUCUUUUUGCUAUGAAGGCGAUGGACAAAUCCAUAAUGCUCAACCGUAAUAAGGUACAUCGAGCAUGUGUUGAAAGGGAGAUCAUAGCUCUCCUAGAUCAUCCUCUCCUUCCAACAUUAUAUUCAUCAUUCCAGACAGAAACACAUGUUUGCCUAAUAACAGACUUCUGUCCUGGAGGAGAGUUAUUUGCUUUGCUUGACAGACAGCCUAUGAAAAUAUUUAAAGAGGAAUCUGCAAGGUUUUAUGCAGCAGAGGUCCUAAUUGGCAUGGAGUAUCUCCAUUGUUUGGGAAUAAUAUACCGGGAUCUGAAACCAGAAAAUAUCCUACUUCAGGCUGAUGGGCAUGUCGUACUAACAGACUUUGAUCUUUCGUUCAAAACAUCCUGUAAACCUCAAGUUAUAAAACAUCCUCCCUCAAAGAGAAGGUCUAGGAGUACCCCACCACCAACAUUUGUUGCAGAACCAGUUUCGCAGUCAAAUUCAUUUGUCGGUACUGAAGAAUACAUCGCACCGGAAAUCAUCACAGGAGCUGGCCACAGUAGUGCGAUCGAUUGGUGGGCUUUAGGUAUCUUGCUUUAUGAGAUGCUCUAUGGGCGUACACCAUUUAGAGGAAAGAACAGGCAGAAGACAUUUUCCAACAUCCUAAACAAGGACCUCACUUUCCCUAGUAGCAUUCCGGUAAGUCUUGCAGCUAGGCAGGUGAUCCAUUCAUUGCUAAAUAGAGAUCCUGCCAGUCGCUUAGGAUCAAAUGGUGGUGCAAGUGAGAUCAAAGAGCAUCCUUUCUUCCGUGGAAUAGCUUGGCCAUUAAUUCGGUGCAUGACUCCACCACCAUUAGACACACCACUUCAGUUAAUUGGAAAGGAAUCAGGCAACAAGGAUAUUGACUGGAAUGAUGACGGAGUACUUGCUCAUCCAAUGGACUUAUUCUAGAGGAUUUUUUUUGGAUCAACCAUAAAGGACAUGUAUCUGGAACUAAUUAUGUGCACUAUUAAAGGAGGGACAAUCUUUCUGAUGAUUUUUUUUUUUCAUAUUGUAUAGAAGCAUGUGUUUAGCCCCUCUUUCGGUAUUUUGCUUUCUUUUUGGCUUUAAGGACCUUGUUCUUAUUUAAGUUUGGAUCCAAGGAAGGCAAUUUACGUACAUAGAAUUUGUAGAAUGGUGUGAGUAGUAGGAAAAUCUUCCUUCAAAAAUUAAGAAUCUGUAUUUGUAGGUUUUGUUGGCAAUUAAAUAAACUUGUCUAGUACUCUUGUAUCAUCAUACAAUAAACAUGUAUUUGAAGCAAAAUCAACAAGUUGCUAUCUUGUACACUAAUAAAUCAUACUUAUUGUA